CCUCGCCGUGCGGUUUCUGUAAUCCUGCCGCUUCCCGGCUCACUUCUCGUGGCUUGCUGUUCGUGAGAGCGAGACCCCUGGACGGGGUAAUGGAUUUUGAGAAUCUUUUCUCCAAACCCCCCAACCCGGCCCUCGGCAAAAAGCCAGCCACGGACUCUGACGAAAGAGUCAACGAUGAAAAAGAUGUUUCAGACAUUGAAGAAGCACACAAAGAGACAAUAAAAGUGGAAUAUGAGCCAAUUCCCAAAAAGGUCCGGCACUUUGGACACUUUGCAACAUUGCAAAAGAGUUCGCAACACAGAUGGAAAUCAAGAAGUAAGGAUUAUGAUGCAUAUAUUGACGACAAUGAUAUCCUCGAUCAGGAACCAGAAGACCACUUUGCUGAAGAGCUUAAACGGUACAUCCAAGCUAAAGAAAUGGCAAACGCCUCUCAACCUCCCCCGGUUCCUGAAGAAACAGUGACGCCAGAAAAGGCAAAAGGUGCCCAGCCAGCUGUGAAACAAAAAAAUAAAAAUUUCAAGGCGGCCCCCAAGAAGAGCAAACAGAAGAAAAUGAAGAGAAAAUGGGCUGGCACUGGGAACAAGGCAGCAAGUGCUUUGCCGGGAAAAACGAAGUCACAGGAAGAGGCUGGUAAACCUGAAGAGAAGCAGCAGUGUGUGAGAAUGAGCCAGGGAUUCAUCAACCAGCACACAGUGGAACGCAAAGGAAAACAAGUUUGUAAAUACUUCCUUGAGCGGAAAUGUAUUAAGGGAGACCAGUGUAAAUUUGACCAUGAUGCAGAACUGGAGAAGAAAAAGGAAAUGUGUAAAUUUUAUGUACAGGGAUAUUGUAACAGAGGCGAAAACUGCCUGUAUUUGCAUAAUGAAUAUCCGUGCAAGUUUUACCAUACAGGAACAAAGUGUUACCAGGGAGAACACUGCAAGUUUUCUCAUGCUCCGCUGACUGCUGACACACAAGAAUUGCUAACUAGAGUUUUGGAUACUGAAAAGUCAUGUAAAUAAGAUACGGCCAUACAAGUCAACAGACAAGUACUGUGUACUGUGUACCCACUGUGAGGCGGGCAGAUGCGGAAUCUACCUACCUCAGCAAGCAAGUCAGACGAGUUGUCUGCUCAUGGAAAGACCCAGGAGGGGGCUUUUGGCUGCAGAGACGGCUGCCUCAAACCUGCUGAACCCUUAACAGUGUCUUCUCACAAACAGGAAGUUAAGAAAUAGGAAAAAUUACAGGUGUAUUUCAACUCCGACUGCAACUCUGUUCCUCUUGGCUCAGCCAUUUUUGCGAAUAGGCUCUUUCCUUAUGCUUGUUUCGUCAUAUCGAAAGACGGCUUUUGGCAGCAACCGUGACAACAUAUUCCCUUUUAUUCAGUCAAAAAGAAUCUUGCCUUGUAAAUAAUAAAAUCCAAGGCAAAAGGACGGGAUUGUAUUCAAGCUUAAAUUCUGAGCACCCAAUUUUCAGAAGGCCUUGGAUGACAGACAGUGACAGCCCAAAAUCCAAUUGCAGAGGACCCACAUGGCUUAAGCCUCCAGUCGAUUUCCUCUGACUGUGGACCGGACAUGUGAAUAGCGUUACUCUCAGACACCGGGCAGUGGCAAGUGGCUUCAUGCAGAUGUAGUUAGGUUAAAAAUGAACACCUUAUGAUUUGUUCUCU